AUGGUUGCUGGAAUCCUUCGCAUCCCAGGUUUGGGAGCAUCUUUGUCUGCGCGACAUCGAGUACGACACGAGAGACGCGAGAAUCUGCGCAGAGAAAGGAUGGGUUCGACUAGGUUUUUGGGUUCACAAGUUGGCGGCAGCACCGUCAUCAAUUACUCCUACACCGAUUUUCCGUACAAGCUGCUGGCAUACGACAUCUACUACUUUUUCCAAUACGUAUGGGCGCUGCCAUGGAUUGUCUGGCCCAUCACCCCAGCCGACUCUGGCGAGCUUGACGAGCUGGCUUUUACAAGGCAAAACCUCUUCUGCAUCUUCAUGCACGUUGUUCUGUGCAUUCUCCAGAUUCUCUUCAUUCUGGCACUACCACUUACUAUAUUCUUUCCCCUUUGGAUUGAUGCCCUCGCGUUGGGUGCCUUCUUUGCCCUCAACCACCUCCUCUGCCUUCUUCUAAACGGCCCAACCCUAACUUACACCUCGGACGAAAAAUAUGCGCCAGCGUUGCCUCAACAUGCCCACGAGAAAUGGAUAUUCUUAAAUGGUGUUGCUGUUGGCGAUCACUGGAUGAAGAACAACCUCAACCGUCUGGCCCUUACCUUUAAGCGCCCUAUCCUUGGCAUCCACAAUCAGACUUCGGGUAUUCUUUUCGAUGUCGUCGAGUGCCUGAUUCAAAGAAAUCUCGGCUACGCCACCUACGAUGUGCGAAUGUGCUAUCGUAUCGUCAAAGAGACAUUGUAUAACCCCCAGUAUUCCAAGGUUGUUUUCGUUUUGCAUUCCCAAGGUGGAAUUGAAGGUGGCCUUGUGUUGGAUUGGCUUUUGCAGGAGUUACCUCAGGACCUCCUCUCGAAACUGGAAGUGUACACCUUUGGAAACGCCGCCAACCACUUCAACAACCCUCAUCGUCACGUCGCAUCCCAAGCUCUGGCCCAACGGAACCUUUCGGCCAUGACCCUUACCACGACUACGACGGCCCAUGCUGAAAUGACGAGCAGCCCAGUUUCCAUCUCUCCUGUAACCACGGGUUUCAGUCGCCGGGCUUCGGCUGGUGUUAACGGAACUGGAAACGGUCACGCCCAUCCACCAAGCCUGCCUCAGGAAUCAUCGUCCGUGAUAUCAUCUCAGUCUUCCACUGCAGCCCUCGAUCGCGCUAUCGGUCAUGUCGAGCACUACGCCCACACAACGGAUUUCGUGGCGAUAUGGGGAGUCCUGCACUUCUGUACAUCUCUUACUGCGAACCACAGCAUGCCGCGCUUUAUUGGCCGCCUCUUUGUAAGGGCGUCUGAGCGUGGGGGUCACCAGUUGUGCCAGCACUAUCUCGAUGGCAUGUUUCCUCUAGAAAAAGACCCUGAGACGGGAGACUUCAUCGGCGCCGCGGACACGAAUGAGUUUAUGGAGAGUGAGAUUCAAAUUGGACGUCAAGGAGAUGCGGGUCAAAACGCCCGCGAGGCUUUUGCAGUUUCUUAUAUGGGUCGAGACUUUGCCAACGAAGUUGAGGUCCAUGGAGAACGUUUCAGGAGAAGAGGUGGUCACAGGAGGGCUACCGUUAAGGUCAAGGAUCUCUCGAGGCUCUGGCUAUAUCGCAAUGGUGCCAGUCCUCCUGAAAUGCCGCCUCUGCUGUCACUGGAGAAUGGAAUCGUUAGAAACGCUACGUUGUAA